AUGCGCGAAUGGCUAGACAAUCGACCUGUGACGUUCUUACCGACAGCUUUGAACUCGCCCAAAGUCAAAAAAGAAGCUUACACUCUGCAGGAACUCCUUAUCAGUCCAGGAAUGCUUAAGAAGCGCCGCGGAAUGCGACAUCUCGAAGACAACACGAUGACCAGAAAUGCUCGCGAAUGA